AUCCUCGCAGACUUGACGCUUCUCCUCUUCGGAUAACUCUGACAGAUGACGGUGGAAAGUUUCUUCAGAUCGACCUGAAGGUCAGUGCAGUGACAUCAAAUGGAUUCUGCUGGACAAGAACUUCAAACUGAAGCUCAAUCCCAGAAACCUGUUGAGUGUAAAACAUCAAUGGAUAAAUAUUCAGAAUUUAAGAACCAGAGUUCUCAGCAAGAACACAAGAUGGACGCUGCUGAACCAGAACCUCAAGCCAAAGCUGGAUUCAAGUGUUUGCUCAAGCGAAAAAUAUCGAUGGACAGAGACGUCGACUACAAACAAACACAUCAACCAGCCCUGCUCUGAGAUCCUCACGGAUCAAUCUGUCCCUCUGCACCAAAAACAUCUGGAUUCCAUAUUUGUGCUUAUAAAUGUUGAUACAGUUUUCUGUAUCAACAUUAUAAUGUUCUAGGAUCUGGAUCAGUUCUGCCUCAGUUAAGCUGUGGAUGUUUGUGUUCCGGCAUCAGGGGGAAAAAAUUGUCCAGUUUGAGAAAAACUAGUUGAGAAAAAUUCAAAAGGUUCUGACAGAAGACGGCCCAGGAUGCUUAACGAGCCAGAAUGAGACAGAUGAGGGUGGAAACAGCAAAAAUCUCUUCCUGAACAUGACCCUGAACCUCUUGAGGGGAAUGAAGGAGGAGGAGCUGGCUGACAAUCUACAAAAGAAAACUCUUUGCACCGAUAGCAGAGGAGAAAUCAAGUCUAAAUUGAAGAAAAGGUUCCAGAAUGUAUUUGAAGAGCUUGCAAAAGCAGAAGAACAGUGAUGACCAGAGGAGCAGCCGGCAUUGGAAAAACUGUCCUAACACAAAGUUUCGUCUUGAACUGGGCUGAGGAUAAAGCCAGCCAGGACAUCCAGUUCAUGUUUCCCUUUAACUUCAGAGAGCUGAAUCUGCUGAAGGAGAAGCAGUUCAGCUUGGUAGAGCUUCUUUAUCACCGCUUUUCUGAAUUCAAAGAAGCAGAAAUUAGCAGAUUUGAAGACUCCCAGGUUCUGUUCAUCUUUGAUGGCUUGGAUGAGAGUAGACUUCUGCUGGACUUCAGCAACAGUGAGAUUCUGACCGACGUGACAGAGUCCAGCUCUCUAGAUGUUCUGCUGACAAACCUGAUCAGGGGGAAACUGCUUCCCUCCGCUUGCCUCUGGAUAACCACAUGGCCUGCAGCAGCCAAUCAGAUCCCUGCUGAGUGUAUUGAUCUGAUGACAGAGAUCCGAGGAUUCACCGACCCUCAGAAAGAGGAGUACUUCCAGAAGACGUUAAAAAAUGAAAGACAAGCCACAAAAAUCAUCUCCCAUAUCAAGAACUCACAAAGCCUGAACGUCAUGUGCAACAUCCCAGCCAUCUGCUGGAUCACUGCUGCAGUCCUGCAGGAUGCGAUGAAACUCCAGAAGGAAGUGAUUCUUCCAAAGACUCUCACUGAGCUGUUUAUAAAUCUACUUGCUCUUCAGACUAAAGAGAAGAGGAUCAGGGUUGUUGGAGCAAAACCAGAACCAUUCUUCAAUUCAAAAACCAUGAAGAUGAUCGAGUCUCUGGGGAAAUUAGCUUUUGAUCAGCUGCAGAAAGGAAACCAGAUUUUCUAUGAAUCAGACCUGGCAGAGUGUGGCAUCGAUAUCAGAGCAGCUUCAGUUUAUUCACAAACAUUCCCUCAGAUCUUCAGAGAGGAGAGAGGGCUGUACCAGGACAAGGUGUUCUGCUUCGUCCAUCUGAGUGUUCAGGAGUUUCUGGCUGCUCUUCAUGUCCAUCUGACCUUCAUUGAGUCUGGUGUAAAUCUUUUAGAUGAACAGUUGAAAUGCCCAUUGCCUGGAGACGCAAAAGAAAAGACUCCACUAAUACACCUGCACCAAACUGCUGUGGAUCAGGCCAUACAGAGUCCAAAUGGACACCUGGAUUUGUUCCUCAAAUUCCUCUUUGGACUGUCCGUGCCAACCUCUCAGACCUUCCUGAGUGGCCUGCAGACGAGAGGAAGCUCACAAUCCAACCAGGAAACGUUUCAAUAUGUUAAGAAGCUCUGAGAGAAUCUGCCUGCAGAGAAAAGCAUCAAUCUGAUCUACUGUCUGAAUGAACUGAACAAUCAUUCUCUGGUAGAGGAGGUUCAGAGAAACUGGAUUGCGGGAAGUCUGUCCACAGACAAACUGUCUCCGGCUCAGUGGUUGGCUCUGGUCUUCAUCUUACUGGCAUCUGAAAAAGAUCUGCAUGUUUUUGACUUGAAGAAAUUCUCAUCCUCAGAAGAAGCUCUUCUGUGGCUUCUCCCUGUGGUCAAAGCCUCCAAAACGGUCCCGCUGAAUGCCUGUAACCUCAAAGAGAGAAGCUGUGAAGCUCUGUCCUCCGUUCUCAGCUCUGAAUCUUCUAGUCUGAGAGCUAGAUUUAAGUAACAACAACCUGCAGGACGGAGGCAUAAAGCAGCUGUCUACUGGACUGAAGAGUCUGUUCUGCAAACUCGAGGUUCUCAGGCUUUCAGGUUGUCUGAUUGCAGAGGAAGGCUGUGCUUCUCUGGCCUCAGGUCUGAGCUCCAACCCCUCCUACCUGAGAGAGCUGGACCUGAGCUACAAUCACCCCAGAGACUCAGGAGUCAAACUUCUGUCUAGUGGAUUAGAGAAUCCAGACUGGAGGCUGGAAACUCUCCGAUUGGAUCAUCAAGGAGAACAGAGGUUAAAACCUGGACUUCAGAAGUAUUUCUGUGAACGUGAACUAGACACAAACUCUGUGAACAAAUACCUGAAACUGUCCAUAAGAUGACGCUGGUUAAAGCGAAGCAGCCGUAUUCGGAUCAUCCAGAAAGAUUCGACUUCUGGCAGCUGCUGUGUGGAAACGCCCUGACUGGUCGCUGUUACUGGGAGGUGGAGUGGAAAGGAGGAGUUCGCAUAGCCGUCAGUUACAGACGAAUCAGGAGGAAAGGAAAAAGGAAUGGCUGCAAGUUUUGAAAGAAUGAACUUUUCUGGAGGCUGAGCUGCUCUGAUGGUGGAUAUUCUAUCAGCCAUGGGAGGAACAGUCAGAUAUUCAUCCCGUCCUCGUCCGUGUCCCACAGAGUAGCGGUGUAUCUGCACUGUUCGGCCGGCAUCCUGUCCUUCUACAGGGUCUCAUCCGACACACAGCUCCAUCUCUACACCUUCAGCACCACCUUCACUGAGCCACUUUAUGCUGGCUUUGGGUUCAGCUCAUAUGACUCCUCAGUGUCUCUGUGUUCUCCAUAGUAAACAUGGCAGCUAGUUGACAAAACUUCAGUGUGCAGUUUGUAAUAUUUAACAAAUAAGUAGAAGUAGAAUAAAAAUUGCUGAACCAAAAAUGAGAUUAUUCUGGCUAUGGGCUAAUCUAAAUAUUUAGUUUGAAGCUAAGUAUUUAAGUAGGAAACAAAAUAUUUAGAUUCA